GAGUAUAUAAGCGAUGCAAAUAGCAAUUGCUAACAUUAUCUACCACCCUCUUGCAGAGACCAGUAGACUUACCAAAAUGAAGUACCAUAUAUUCCUUGGACUGUUUGCUGUGGCGGCAGCCUACCCUGGUUUCAUCCACGAAGAGGCCCCACAAAUCGAUCAUCAAGCACUUAUCUCUGAGUCAGGACAUCAUCAUCAGAUCCAACACGAACACGCUAAGUCACAUCAGUCAAUCAAAUUCGAACAUUUCCAUCCAGUCCCAGUAUACAUCAAGAAGGAACACAGCCAUCUCUUGAAGCACCCGCUUGAAAAGGGACAGAGCGAAUCAAACUUGAAGCAAAUUCACCCUGAAACCCAGCAAGCACAUGGUCAUGGCUUAGUGCUGGAAGACCACAGGCUGAAUACCGACCAUCAUGCCGGACUCGGUCACGGAGGCUUCGAGCACGGUGGUUUGGAGCAUGCGGGUUUUGAGCACGGAGGUCUUGAGCAUGGAGGUCUCUCUGGAGGUUUGGAACAUGAAGGAAUUUCUGGUGGAUUAGAACACGGUGGCGUCUCCCAAGGCAUUGAACACGGAGGAUACCAACACGGUGGCUACGAACAGUUCGCUGGUGGUUAUGAGAGCGGCGAAGGCUUAAAAGCAUACGCUGAAUCGCAUCAACCCGAAAUUCAGGGACAUUAUUACGGAGAACAAUCGCAAGGCCUCGGUGGGAGCGAAGAAGGUCACAAUUACGGCCACUAUUAAAACUUAAAAAAUAUACUAUAAUAAUUUUGGGCAUACAAUGUGAACAUACCACAUAGAACUCGAUUAUUUAAUAUUUGUUAUCUUGCCUGUUGGUAUUAUUAUUAUGAUAAGUUUGGCUGAUUUCGAGCUGAGGCUUUUGCGUCUUUUGUAUGAAACGUACCUGACGUAGGUUUAAUGUUUUAAUUUUUUGAGUGCACAACGAUGCUGCACCUUAUUUUGGCAAUAUAAAUUAUAUGUGAAUGAAUGAUCGAAAACGUGCUAACGUCGCUUUCACUUAUAUUUGAAUGUAGUGUGAAUUUGCUUGAAUAUCGAGAAUAGUAUGACCAUGGGCUGAUGUCGUGUCCCAGUGAAUUUGUGAUAUACCUAUUAAUAAAAUGUUGAAUAUUUA